AUGUCCUCCAAACCCUCACGCAAGCGUGUCGCCGCCUUCGAAGAUCCCGACUCCGACACCAAUAACCAGCAGACCAAGAAAUCCAAAAAGACAUCUGGCUUCAGCACAGAAAUGCAAACCGACGCCGAUGGCAAUCCAUUCUGGGAGAUCUCGAACAAGCGCCGCUUGGGUGUCAGCACGUUCAAGAACAAUGUCAUGGUCAGCAUUCGGGAGUUUUACGAGAAAGAUGGACAGAUGUUGCCGGGUAAGAAGGGUGUGACGCUCACGACGGAGCAGUUCAAUGCUGUGAUUGAGCUGUUGCCGCAGAUUGAGCCGGUGUUGAAGGAGAAAGGGGUGGAUGUUGUGAGGCCGGAGUACGAUCAGGAUGAGGCCGAAUUUGAGGAAGUGGUCAAGCCCGUCGAGACGAAGAAGGUGAAUCGGCUCGACAAGUACAAGAACAAGAACAAGAAGAAUCACGAGAGUACGAGUGAGGAGGAUGCUGGCUGA